GACUACCACCAUGAAGCCCUGGAUUCUCCUACUCAACGUGAUCAUCUAUGGGGUUGUGAUGCCUCUGCCUGUGCUGGGAGGCCUCAGGAACAAGACAUUUUUUUCAGUUGGAAGAACAGUGGUCGAGCAGUGCUGGAUACAGCCUCUGUUACAGUACUGUGAGAAGAGGUGCACUAGGUUACAGGAGUGUUUAUCUCCCAAUCAUACGUGCUGCUGGACCUUCUGUGGAAACGUCUGCUUGGACAAUGAGUGAGUUGUUUGCAGUGGCAAGGUCGGGCCUAGAUAUGCUUCCUCACUACUGGUCACCCUCAUUCAGAAGGUGGGACCUGGAACGGAAGUCACCCAAAUCCCGGACAAAGAAACCGGCAGCAUAAGUCAAUGCCCUACUAUCUCUGUACCUA